UCGGUCGUCGUCCGAAUCUGCCCCUCUACGCUCCGCUCGCUUGCCCCGCCAGAGACGCACAUCUGGUCGUCGCCCUUCAGCUCCUCGUCGUCCACCGCCCGUCGAACUCGUGCCAGAAGAGCCCAUUCUUCCUCGCGCAAGCCGCAUGCGCGCCGCAAAGACGCUACAAACAUACCUCGAGCACGAGUCCUCGGUCGAGAGCGAGGGCAAUGCAACGGAUGACGAAUUCGUGCCGUCACCCAUUCAGACCACUCGUAGGUCGCGGUAUCAGCCUUACCCUCGUUCGCCCGCGUCUGUUGCCCCCGUCGCACGCUUGCCUCAGCAAGCGCGCCACUCUCCUGCGCCCUCAGACUUCUCGGAGUCCAGCUUGUCGUCGGUCCCGUCCUCUGGUCCGCAGCGCCGUGGCGGAGCGCCCCGCGCUCGAAACCGGCAGAUUAGGAUCAGCGACGAAGAGUUCCGCCUCGCGGAGCAGCGAUUCCUGAGCAGCACGUCGAGGGAAUGCCCGGUUGGCUGCUCGUACGUGCAGAGGAAGCGACGGGUGCCAGACAUGCGACGACAUAUGGAGUCCCACCGGUACAACGUUAGCCACGAGAAGUGGGUCUGCUGCGGUGUCCCAGAAGAGGAUGUAUGGAAGUACAAAAUCAAGAAUCUGGACACGGCGCCGAGGACAACGUUCAAGAGCAGCACGAUGGUGGGCGGAUGCUUCAAGGGCUUCAGCAGGCGUGACGCGUUGCUCAGGCACGUGAAGAACAAGAACAACCAGUGCGUGGGUGAGGGUGGCCUGUUACAUUUACUCGGCAUACCGAAGGAGGAGGAGGAGGAGGAGUAGUAGCAGUACUGUGGAUUAUAGGGCGAUCAGGCCCUGGGCUAUCUUCGCAUCGUCUCCAUCUUCUGGACUAUUCUACCUGUCAUCGUCUGCGUCAGAUACCUGUAUUAGCCUGUGUACCCAUAGACGUGUUCAUCUCACUUAAUUGGCCUGUUAUGAGCCGGACUGUUCCUGGCAGUACGUCCGGUUGCGAUGUUACGAAUAGU